CUCCCAAGCGCCAUGCAUCCUCCGCAUCCGAUCCACCACGGCGGAGAAGACGAACUUCAUGGCGGCGGCGGCCAGCCGCAUUUUUUUAUCCACUCCAGGCCUCAUACAUCCCCGCAACGCAACCGCGGCCCGUCCGAUUCCUGUGAUUUAAGACGCGGACGAAGCGGCGGCCCCGCCGAGCCCGAGCAGAGGCGGCGGAAGAGGCGCAAGAUGCCCAAACAGAAACCAUUUUUAAAGCGACCCGACUGAGCAGGUGCAGAUAGAUCGCUGCGUGGAGCGUCUGCGCACUUUUUCGGAUUGAGGCGCGCUCGCAACCGGUCCCCAGCGCGUCGGCGGGGCCCGUGCUCGGACUCUGCGCGGAGUGGCCGCACUUCGACGGUGUUUCGUGCACACUGGGGGCCUUUACUGACCUCGAUAGAAGCCUAGGAGGCGUUCGGAGGUGUCCGGGACUUCUAUGCUGCGGGCCUGGAAUAGACCGCGCCGACGAGCUUCAGGGAGCUGUGCCGCGGUUGUCGCCGCUUUCCCGCUCGGUUCCGUCCCUUCGACCUCCGCUAAGCUUCCACGACCUCGUAGCAUCGAGCGGCGUCCGAAUGUUUAGCUGAUCGCACGCCCAAGAUGCCGCUCGGCCGUCUCGCCACAUCGGCCGUUCGCCGGUUGUCCGGGCCCAGCCCGCCGAUCCUGCUGUUCCGCCGCACGUGCUUCUACAAGUCGUCCCGCAAGGAAGGCUACGAGCGUCCGGAGCCUCCAAACACGACUCCGUACGCCGCCAGGUUCCGCGAAGGCCUCCGGGAGCUCAAGACAGAGUUCGGACUCCUCAAGGAGGAGAUGCUGCAGACGCUCCGCUGCGACCCCAAGUACUACUUCCACGGAGACACCGAGGUCCUCUGGAAGUUCGACUCGGCCAAAGCGGUGGACGACUGGAUCGUGACCGCCGAUCGAGACAACGACGAGGGCUUCUCGACGGCCGACUUCGCGCUGGGGCCCGGCAUGACGGGCGUCUUCUCGGGACAUCUGGACACGAAACCGCCGAAGGACGGGCGCGUGCUCCACACGGGAUACUGCAACAUCAGGUCUCCGAGGGCCAUGCGCUCUUUCGGCCGCAACGCGAGCUAUGACUGGUCCGCGUUCACGCACUUGGAGCUGCGGGUCCGUGGGGACGGGCGGGCGUACAUGCUGAACAUUGGCAUCGACGGCUACUUCGACGUCACCUGGCACCUCAUAUACAACUUCGCGCUGUACACGCGCGGCGGUCCGUACUGGCAGAUUGCACGGAUCCCGUUCUCGCGGUUCUUCCUGAGCAACAAGGGCCGGAUACAGGACAAGCAGGGCCCGGUCCCGCUCACGCACGUGCGCAGCCUGGGCAUCACGUGCGCCGACGCCGUGCCCGGGCCCUUCAGGCUCGAGAUCGACUACGUGGGCGCCUACAUCGACGAGGCGCACUCGGAGGAGUUCGCGUACGAGAUGUACGAAACGCCGCUCAACUACGUACCGGGCUACUGAGGUGACCGCGAAAACGGUGUGGGAGAGUGGAACUGGCAAGGGGUCUGACCUCUAGGUUUCUUAUAUUGGGGAACGAGACUGCCACAAAUAUUCAAUGUUGUGGUACUAUACGUGGCUUGCAUAGACGUCACAUCAUAUGCAGCUCUGGUGGCCUUGCUGCUUGGCACAUACCUUGGUCGGUAUAAGAUUUGCAUCAAGGAUUUCAUAUUUCUCAGCCAGAACGAACAGGAAUGGCCACCAGCACGAUGUGAUGACAUCCCAUGCAGGCCAUGUACGGUCGAGUGACUUUUGCAGUGGUUAACUCGAUAUAGGAAUGUUGAUUGACAAUAAACGGGACUGUUGCUUAGAAAUGAA